AUGUAUAAGAAACAGCCCACGCUUAGUAGUAUACCGGAAAGGAAUGAAAAUGAGGAAGAACACAUGGCAACAAAAUGGGUUCCGAAGAAAAAGCACGAUGUCCUCAAAGCAAAAUACAAAUGCUUAAAAAAACUUUUCCAAAUUUAUGACGCCAGCGUAAUUGGAAUACUUCCUGAAACAUACGGACCGGAAACGUAUCUAGAAGAGGAAAUUCAAACAAAAAAGCGUAGAAAAAAACGUUCACAUAGGACUAAAACUGAUGCGUGUGCUGGAACGACGGAGAUAUCGAGUGGAGAUGUGACGCAACAGUCAGUAGUGGAUGAUACCGAGAAAGAGUCGAUCGCGACUGCCGUAAUCAGAGACCUCAAAAUAAAACAUCAAUCGUGUUCUUCAACAGCAGUGGAGAACGCUGCCACGCAGGACUCCAGAGAAAAUUUCCACAACAUCACAAUUGAUCAAGAAUGUGAAUGCACACAGACGAGUAACGAGCCUCAUCCAAUUCCAUACCUCAUGUUUAACGAGAAACGUAAAUUAACUAGGUUUCAGAGCUUUAUUCACAGAAUUUUUGGCAUUCGCCAUGAAAGAGGAUAUAAGAACUAUGUUUUACCCAACGGUCAUGUUUACGCUGCAAGUGAUAACAAUAUAUCCCAUUAUAAUUCUAGCGAAAAGCGAAGACGGAGAGGUUUAAGGUUCAGGAGGAUGAGGCGGCCGAAAAAGAUUCAGUCCGAGACUGCUCUCAGGGAUAUGAAGAGCCCAAUCAUAUUAACAUACGUUCAAUCUAUUCAGAGGAGUUGUUUGAUGGACACCACGCCUCGACAGUGUCCAAUCACCGGAUGCUUAAUGUUAUCUUAUGGCAUAAUAAACUACAAUGAUCACCUAAACCUCUGCCACUUCAAGGACAGAAAAUACAUCUGUCAUUACUGCCACGAAGGCUUCGAAAGAGAGUACGAUAAAUUACUACACGAAAACGAACACAUCGGUAUAACGAAACUGCCGCCAAAAGCUACCACACCUACAAGUGUAAAGCAGUUCCCUCAACAGAAGGCAAAUGAUACACAAACUGACUCUAACUUGAUGAAAUGCGAUUUCUCAGAAGACAAAUUAAAAAAGAUCGUUUCGUUUUUCGAGAAAAUAAACGACCCGGAUCAAAUUUUGACAGAGAUGAAGAAAAGCAGGUUUUCCAUGUCGAAUUUGCAGACGGAAACGGCUGGUGAUGGUUCUGAUUCCAAUUCAGACAAACGGACGGUUAGUUUGGUGAACCUUAAUCGGAAAACAGAUAGAGCGAAGUAUUCGUCAGGUGAAUCAACAGUGACGUCGAAGGGCAUAAGUGUUACACCCAUAACUUGCCACUUGUGUGGUGAACAAUUUGAUUUCAGACGACAACUCAGUUUGCACGUAGAUCUAGAACACCGUGUGCACGACAAGUUUUCAAAAUUCCACAGUUGCGCCGGCAUCCUUAACAGUCGACCUACGAACCACGUCGAUAUGAUCUCCGAAGACGGCAAAAUUAACGUCCAGAGCGUGGACCGAUCCCACAGCGGGAUGAGAAGGAUUAACACAUCGUCCACACUCACGCAAGAAUCUUUUUCAGAAAUUUCAAGGCGAAAAUCUGAUGAAAGCUUAAGCUACGACCCUUCAACCAAUAUAGUAUAUUAUACAUCACUGGAAUCUGUAAAGAAACCUUCAGUCGUGAACAGUAUCGUCAAAAAAGUAAGAACCGGCAUUAACCCCUAUAAGUGGGAACCGGGCACAAAAAUUAUUAGAGUGUAA